AUGAAAGAAACAUCACAUCUUUUCUCGAAAUAUUAAUUAGAAUACAUACAAAAAAUAGGUGAAGGAGCUUUUGGAAAAGUAUAUAAAGCAUUCGACUAAACUACCAAAAAAAUAGUAGCUGUAAAAGUAAUUGUUACAAUUAUAUUAAAGGUUUUAAACACAGAUGAAGAAUAAGAAUUACUCUCAUCAUUAAAUCAUAAUAACAUUGUCAAACACAUUAGAGGGUAAUAAUUUAAGUUCUUAUUGUAUAGAUCUACUUAAUUAUUAGUAAUGGAAUACAUGGAAGGAGGAUCAUUAAAAAAUUAUAUGAAUGAAAAUCCAAAUUUAAAUGAAGAAUAAUGUAUAUAGAUUAUGAAAUCUAUACUCUCUGGUUUAACUUAUUUACAUCAACAUAAUGUUAUUCAUAGAGACAUCAAACCUGGUUAUUAUUUUUUAUAUAUAUCUCUUUAGAUAAUAUCUUAUUAACUAAAGACCUAGUACCAAAAAUAGCUGAUUUUGGUUUAAGCAUAUAAUUUGAAAACUUUGACUAUUCUACUUGUAAAUGUGGUACUUACAUUUAUAUGGCUCCUGAAAUCCUAUAAAGCAAACUUUAUUCUAAAGUAUCAUCUACUAUUAAUUAAAUUAGCCAGUGGAUGUUUGGGCAACUGGAAUUAUUAUGUAUUAACUAUUGCAAGGAGUUCAUCCCUUCUAUAAAUAGGAUUCAACAAAAUAAUAAUAUCUUCAAAACAUCUUAGAAAAACCUUUACAAUUCAAAAAGCCAAUAUCUCAAUAAGCAAAAGAUUUACUUAUUCGUCUAUUGAAAAUUGAUAUUUCUGAUCGUUAUACAGCUAAUCAAGCUUUAUAACAUCCUUGGCUUACUAAAUAAGAUAGUUUGCCCUUAAGUUUAUUUGAAUAAUUUAAAUUGUUUGAUUGCAAAAACAAAUUCAUCAAUGUAAUUAUAUCAUAAAAUUAAGAUUAUCAAAUUGUUGAUCUUUAUUCAAUAAUUAAAAAUACCAAAAUUUUCAUAUGGAUAUAUAUUAGGUCAACAAGGUUUUCAUAUAAAAUAAGUCUAAUAUAUUGUUGGAUAAAUAUAGUCUCCACUCAAAAUAGAAUCUCCAACUAUUUCAAGUUCCACUACUUUAAAAAAACUAGGUAAAAUUGACUAUUCAGAAGAAAACACACCAAUUAGUCUUCAAAAUGCUACAUUCUAUUAAAAAAAUAAAAAAUUGCAAGUAAAUAUUAUAAAUAAAUUUAGAAAUUAUCCAAUUUUUAUGAAUAAGCAUAUAAAUCUAAUGAAAAUUCUCUUGCUUAAUUAAGUCCUCAGAAACCUAAAAGAAGUACCAUGAACUUUUCUCAAGCUUCUCGAGAGUAUGCAGAAAUAAUGUUAGGGUACACUGCAAUGAAAGAAAAACGAAAACCAUCUUAAAUUAAAUUGGAACCUUUAGAUAGAAGAGCUAAAAGAACAUCUUCUGUUGUAGUAAUUUCCUAUAAACAAUGA